AUGGGUAAAAAGAGACGCGGUCCGACGCUAGAUGAGCUUCUGGCUCGUCCAUGGUGCUACUACUGUGAGCGCGACUUUGAUGAUUUGAAGAUUCUCAUAUCUCACCAAAAGGCCAAGCACUUCAAGUGCGAGCGCUGCGGGCGCCGGCUGAACACAGCAGGAGGAUUGUCGGUGCACAUGAGCCAAGUCCACAAGGAGCAGCUUUCGGCGGUCGACAAUGCUCUUCCCAACCGAUCCAGCCUCGACGUCGAGAUCUUCGGCAUGGAGGGCGUCCCGGAAGACAUCAUCCAGUCGCACAACCAGCGCGUAGCCACCCAGUUCCAACAGGCAGAGGCCGAACGGCAGGCCGUGACGGGCAAUCCGCCUCCGGGAACCGGCGUCGGCGGACAGCCAGCAAAGAAGCCUAAGCUGGAGAGCGUGUCGGAUCUGAAGAAGCGACUGGCGGAGCACAAGGCUAAGAAGGCGGAAGCACGUACUGGAGGUAGCAGUGGUGAAGCGACCCCAGUGGGCGCAGGACAGACGCCGAACAUGGGCGGAUUCGGUCAGCCUGCUCCCGCUGCUGCCGCGCCCGCCGCAGCAACCACUACCUCCUCACAAUUCUCUUUCCCUCAACCAUACGGCACUGCCUCUCCUUAUCCUCAAACCGCCAGCCCUGUCUAUCCGAACUUCUCCCCCGGACAGCCACAAUUCCCUCCCAAUGCACAGUACCCUCCGGCGGGAUACUCACCGCAGCCCUUCCAGGGCACGCCUGGAGCGUCGUCUGGCACCACUCCACCGGCUUUCCCGGCACAACCUCCUCCAACCCAUACUCCUCCACAGACGACUGGAGCAUUCCCGCCACGGUCGGGCAGCCUUCCUAUGCCUCCUGGUCUGCCGCAGCGACCGGCCGUGGCAGCGCCGCCGGUCAACGCGUACCAGAUGCAACAGAUGCACAUGGGCCAGGCGCCAGCUUUGAAUGGCGGUGAAACGACGCAAGCGCCGACAGACACGAUCUCAACAUCGGUGGACGACCUCAUCUCGGGAGCCGCGAAGCAAGCGGAGACGACAGCCGACAAGAAGGGCGAGGAGAAGCCAAAGAAGGACAAGUCGAAGGCCGUGCGACUAGUGUAUUCGGACAACGAGACGAGUCCGGAGGAGAAGAUGGCACAGCUGGCAAGGUACGCAUUUGUUCCCGAGCAGAAGGGGGAGACGGUGCUGGAGGAAGUGCCGGCAUCAGUGGUGACGGGGACGACGCGAGAGAUGGAUACGGUGGAGGAUGCAGCGGAUCGGUGA